AUGAAGCGCUUUUUUCUCACAUUUCGGCUUCAAUCUCCGUCGCGUCCUUGUUCAAUCUCCUACGGUUCUAAAGACUUGUCCAUAUCUGCAGAAUUUUGCAGCUCUUGCAAUGCACACCACUUGUUCGAGAAAAGUCCUAAGAGAGACUUUUUGGAAUCCACUAACUUGCUUUUCGAGUACUCUCGUAAUGGCUUUAACCAUGAAUCUCUGAAUCUCUUUGCCGGGCUUUGCCGCUCCGGUUUUCCGGUUGAUGGGUUAGCUCUGUCUUGUACAUCGAAGGUUUGUAGAUGCUUGUUUGAUCAAGUUGCGGGUAGGCAAGUGCAUUGUCAAUGCGUAAAAUCCGGGUUUGUGGAGGAUGUUAGUGUUGGCACUUCUCUUGUUGAUAUGUAUAUGAAAACUGAGGGUAUUAGAGAUGGAAGGAAAGUUUUCGAUGAAAUGCGGGAGAAAAAUGUGGCCUCUUGGACUGCAUUACUCACGGGCUAUGCGCACAAUGGAUUGAAUGACUUCGCAUUAGAUUUGUUCUUCCAAAUGCAUUUUAAUGGAGUUAAGCCUAACCCAUUGACGUUUGCAACUGUCAUUGGUGCUUCGGCAAAUCGUGAUAUGGUUGAGGGAAGUCAAAUCCAUACCAUGGUGAUAAAGAGUGGUUACGAGUCGAGUACAUUCGUGUGCAAUUCUUUGAUUAAUAUGUACUCAAAGUCGAGCAUGAUAAAGGAUGCUAGAGCUGUUUUUGAUAUCAUGGAGAGUAGGGAUGUAGUUACCUGGAACAGUAUUAUUGCGGGAUAUGUCACAAAUGGGCUUGAUCUUGAAGCUUUUAGAAUGUUUUAUUCGAUGAAUCUUACUGGUGAAAAGCUCACACAACCAUUAUUUGUUACUUUAAUUAAGUCAUGUGCUAACCUUAAGAACUUGUGUUUUGCAAGACAAGUUCACUGCCAGGUUCUCAAGUGUGGAUUGCAAUUUAAUCACAAUAUCAGAACAGCCCUUAUGGUGGCUUACAGUAAAUGCACUGAAAUGGAUGAUGCCUUCAAAAUGUUCUCUAUGGUGAAAGAUGUUCGAAAUGUGGUAUCAUGGACUGCCAUGAUCAGUGGGUACUUGCAGAAUGGUGCAACGGAGCAAGCAGUAAAUUUGUUCUGCCAAAUGAGUAGUGAGGGUGUUAGACCAAAUGACUUCACUUAUUCUAUCAUACUUACUGCUCAACCAUCUAUGUUUGUGGUCCAAGUACAUGCGCAGGUCGUGAAAGCAAAUUAUGAGAAAUCACCUACUGUAGGAACUGCGCUAUUAGAUGCAUAUGUUAAAAUGGGAAACAUUGAAGAAGCUGCUAAAGUUUUUGAAUUAAUUGAUGAGAAGGACAUUGUCACAUGGUCGGCAAUGCUCGCUGGGUAUGCUCAAAUGGGGGAAACCAAUGGAGCUGUUAAGAUUUUUCUCAAGUUAGCAAAGGAAGGAAUCAGACCGAAUGAAUUCACCUUUUCUAGUGUGAUUCAUGCCUGUGCUGGACCUACAGCAGCAGCAGAGCAGGGAAAGCAAUUUCACGCUUUGUCAAUCAAAAUGAGGUUGAACAAUGCUUUAUGUGUAAGUAGUGCUCUUGUUACAAUGUAUGCAAAGAGAGGAAAUAUUGAGAGUGCAAAUGAAGUUUACAAGAGGCAAGGGGAGAGGGACUUGAUUUCCUGGAACUCAAUGAUAUCUGGCUUUGCACAACAUGGUCAAGGGAAGAAGGCUCUUGAAAUAUUCGAGGAUAUGCGAACAAAACAAUUAAAAAUGGAUGGCAUAACUUUCAUUGGUGUUAUUUCCGCUUGUACUCAUGCAGGCUUAGUAGAUGAAGGUCAAAGAUAUUUUGAUAUGAUGGUCAAGGAUCAUCACAUCUCUCCAAUAAUGGAGCAUUAUUCAUGCAUGGUUGAUCUAUAUAGUCGAGCAGGAAAGCUUGGAAAUGCCAUGGAUGUUAUAAACGGAAUGCCAUUCCCUGCAGGUGCAACCGUAUGGCGAACUCUCUUGGCAGCUUGCCAUGUUCGCCGCGAUUUAGAGCUUGGAAAAUUUGCUGCAGAAAAGCUUAUUUCACUUCAGCCAGAGGAUUCUGCCGCAUAUGUACUGCUCUCCAAUAUUUAUGCCGCAACGGGAAACUGGCAAGAGAGAAACACGGUGAGGAAAUUGAUGGAUGAGAGAAAAGUAAAGAAGGAAGCUGGGUAUAGUUGGAUUGAGGUGAAACACAAGACUCAUUCAUUCUUGGCUGGUGACCUUUCACAUCCCAUGGCGGAAAAUAUCUAUUCAAAGCUUGAAGAACUAAGGAUCCGGUUAAAGGAUAUGGGUUACCAGCCUGACACAAAUUAUGUACUUCACGAUGUUGAAGAGGAACACAAAGCAGCUAUUCUUUCUCAACAUAGUGAGAGGAUGGCCAUUGCUUUCGGAUUAAUUUCCACACCUGCGGAAGCUCCUCUCCAUAUUGUUAAAAACCUCAGAGUCUGUGGAGACUGCCAUAACGUUAUUAAGUUAAUAUCGUUAAUUGAAGAAAGAGAUAUUGUUGUAAGGGACACAAAUCGAUUUCACCACUUUAAGGGCGGUGUUUGCUCGUGUGGGGACUAUUGGUGACACUCCUGAAAUGGGCUGAUCCAAGUUUUUGAGGAUUGCUUGAAAUUUGAAUCUUUGAGUUUACUCUUAGACCACAUUCAGUUAUAAGGCAACAUUUCAUGGAAUCGAAUUUACUUAAGUUGAAAAGGAAGGAAAAUAGGUUUUAAGUGGAACUCUAAAAGCACAAAACUCAUUUUCUAAUACAGAUACAUGUUAGCUGGGAAUUCUCUAUCCACAGUGCUUGCAGAAAUUGUGAGGAUCCAGGGAGCAAACAUUGCCUGCAGUACUUUAGAAAAUGGAGUUUCCAGCAGAA